CAUAUACAUAUACAUACACAUACACUUAUACAUAAAAAAAAAAGAUAUUAGAUAUUAGAGUAAUUUACAGAAAAAAAUGGCCGAAAGCGAGAAAAGUAUAAUUAAACAACCAGAUUGGCAUACAAAGUCAAUUGAAGAGGUUACAUACGAGUUUCAAACAUCUUUAGAUAAUGGUCUUUCAACAAAUGAAGUAACAACCAGACAUGUAUUAUAUGGCUUUAACGAAUUAUCAGCAAAUGGAAGACCAGCAUGGCUUAAAGUCAUGAUAGGUCAAUGUUUAGACGUUAUGAAUUGGAUUUUUAUUGCAUUAGCAGUUGCUUCUUAUUGUUUGGCAGAUUAUGUCACUGGAUCUUUGUUAUUAUUUAUUGCUAUUUCCAAUUUAUGUCUUGGCUUCUCUCAAGAGUAUGCUGCCGAGCAAACAUUAGCUGCGCUCAAGAAUCUUUCUUCUCCUUCAGCUCAAGUUAUUCGUGAUGGUACUGAACAAACUAUUUCUAGUCGUGAAAUAGUGCCUGGUGAUAUUUUACUUGUCAAAGAAGGUGAUUCUGUCGCUGCAGAUGCUCGUUUAGUUUAUACAUCAAACCUUGAAUGUGAUGAGGCUUUAUUAACUGGUGAAUCUGUUCCUGUUGCUAAGCAAUUGGUUGUUCUCGACAAACUUGAUGAGCCUUUAGGAGAUCGUAUCAAUAUGCUUUAUUCUUCAACCAUAGUCUCCAAGGGCAGAGGGAAAGCUAUUGUUACAUCAACUGGUAUGCAUACUGAAAUUGGUAAAAUAGCUUCAAAACUUAACGAUGCAAGCGACUCCGAUCGUACCCGUCUCCAAAAGAGUUUGGAUAAAAUGUAUGUUAUGUUACUUAUUACUGCUGUGAUUUGUGUCUUAAUCGUACUUGCCUCGGUCAAAUUUAAACCAGAUUAUGAUACUGGCAUGUAUGCCAUGACGGCAGCUCUCUCUGUCUUGCCAGCUGGUUUAACUACUGUCAUGACCCUCACUCUAGUAUUAGGUGGUAAAGAAAUGGCUCGUCAAAAGGCUAUUGUAAGAAAGUUAAAAUGUUUGGAAACAUUGGGAUCUGUAACGAAUAUCUUUUCUGAUAAGACGGGUACUUUAACUAUGGCUAAGAUGGUUGUUAUUCGUUUCUGGACACCUAUUCAAGGAUUCUUUUACGUUACUCCUCAUGGCCUUGCCCCUAAAGGGGAUAUCUAUUACACACAUGACGAAUUAUAUGAUAACGUGAAUGGGAACGUAAAUGCUGAGUAUGUAGACAAGAGGAGCCUCCCACUUAAUAUUGCUCAAUUAGUACGUUGUGCUGCCCUUUGUAAUAUGUCAAGUAUUUAUCCACGAGAAGAAAAAGCCAUUCAUAUUACUACGGAUGAGAAGAAAGUUCCCACGGAUAAUGAUAAUAAUAAUAAUAUCGAAGACACAGAAUCCGAUGAUUGGAUUGCAAGCGGAGCUCCUACUGAAGUCGCUUUACAAGUGUUCGCACAUAAAUUUGGGAUGGGGAAACCUAGUUUAUUUGAAAGUGGUUGGGAAUUAUUGGCUGAAUAUCAAUUUGAUUCUACUAUUAAACGUAUGACGACAAUUUGUUUAGACAAAAAUUCUGGCUUAGUUUUUGCUUUCACCAAGGGUGCUGCUGAACGUAUUAUCAAGCUUUGCUCUAGCAUAUCAACAGAGAAUGAACUUCAAACUGUAUUAGACAAAGUAGAUAGCUUGGCUGCAAAGGGCCUUCGUGUGAUGGCUAUGGCUUAUCGUAAACUUGAUCUUACUGCUGAUGUCUCAGCUGAAGAACUUCAACAAAAACCACGUGAUGAAAUCGAACAGGAUUUGAUUUUCUUGGGACUUACUGGUAUCUAUGAUCCUCCUAGAAAGGAAUCCAGACAGGCAGUCUGUGAGGCUCAUCGUGCUGGUAUCUCUGUUCAUAUGCUUACGGGUGAUCAUGAAAAGACAGCUACUGCUAUUGCGAAAGAAAUCAGUAUCUUGAAGAAAAAUAUAUCCCCUGAAGAACAGAGGCGACUUGUGAUGACAGGUGCAGAAUUUGAUGCUAUGACGGACGAAGAGAUUGAUGCCCUUCAAGAUUUACCCCUUGUUGUUGCUCGUUGUUCACCCGAAACAAAGGUCAAAAUGAUUCAAGCCUCCUCACGUCGUAAGAAUAUCUCUGCCAUGACAGGUGAUGGUGUUAACGAUUCCCCUUCACUUCGUAUUGCCGACGUUGGUAUUGCUAUGGGUAAGAAUGGUAGUGAUGUAGCUAAACAAGCUUCAGAUAUCAUCUUAACAGACGAUAAUUUCGCCACCAUCAUUCGUGCCAUCGCUGAGGGCCGUCGUAUUUACCAAAAUAUGCAACGUUUCCUUUUAUACUAUUGGAUUUUCUUAUUUGCCUUAGCACUCAUUGUCUUGGUCUGCUUACCUAUUCGUGAUCCCGCUGGUCAUCCUGCUGCUCCCAUAUCUACAAUUCAAAUGCUUUAUAUCUAUGUAGCCAUUACGCCUCCUGCGGGCUCUCUUAGUAUGCAACCAGCGUCGGCAACAGUCAUGAAGGAGCCUCCACGUCCUCCUACAGAAAGUGUCUUUAAUCGAGAAAUUAUCAUGGAUACGAUCGCUUACUCACUUGGCUCAACUAUUGUUUGUUUGAUUGCCUUCUUUGUUCCUCUUUAUACGUUGGGUAAUGGUGUAGGUGGUAUCAACUGUGAUACGGACUUUGUAGCAGGCGACUGUGACUCUUUCUUUCGCAGUCGCGGCUCCCUCUUGGUUACCUUGUCAUUUUCAUUAUUAGUUGUUAUGGUGCACUGUCGUAGCUACCGUCAAGUAGAAUGGAAUUGGAUAGGUCUUCGUAAGACACUAAGUUCUUUUACUUUUGUUGGCACCUUUAUUUUCAUCGUCAUCACUCUUUGUGUUUUUAUGUAUGUCCCUGUAAUCGCUAUCAAGGGCUUUCGUAUGAUGGGAAUUACAUGGGAAUGGGGUCUUGAUAUUGGCUUAGUUCUAGCUCUACUUAUUGGUGGUGAGGUCUAUAAAUGGGCAAAGCGCACAUUUUUGAAACCUAUGGAUUCUGGAGCUGUCAAUUUUGAUGAUGAUAGUACUGCUGUUCAAUAAGUAUAUAUUUAUAACAUUAGAAUAGUUUUACUUUUUUUUUUUCAUCUUAUCCUUUUUGUAUAUUAUAUACAUAUAAUGAAACAAAGUCUUAUGCCCCUCUUUAUAUUACGUACAAAUAUAUAAUUUAGAAUAAUUACACAUAUAAAAUGCAAUAUGCCUUCUAUUAAAUAAUAAACAUUCUCUUAAUACAUAAACAUAUAUUAU